AUGAGCAAUGAAUCAAAAGGCUCCUCUAAAUGCAAUGUUAGAAAGAAUGUUGUAACAUAUGUUGACAACUCUAUAAAACUUCAGAUCAUAAAAAAUUGGGUGACUACUGAUCUCUCUAUUGCUGAUGGUGCCACCAAGACCAUAAAUGAAAAUCACUCUGAAAAAAUGAAAGAUAACAAUGAAGAGGUUCAAAAAGGUGUUGAUAACACCAAUGUCAAUGAGGAUGUCAAUGACAUUGAAAAUUCUAGAGCUAAUGAUAGUCCAAGGGCAGAUGCUGGAACACGUAUAAAUAUUGUGGAUGUAGAUGAGUACUCUGACAAUGAUUUGGUUGCUACUGUGAAUCCUAGUAUAGCCGAAAGGCUCAUGACCAGGAGAAAAGGCAAAGCUGUGAGUCAGAAGUCUCCUUUGAAGAAAGCUGAUGUUAAAAGCCCUUCCAAAGACCCUGUCAAGAAGAAAAGUACCUCUGUAGGACUUAUAAAGAGCAGAGCUGUGGCUAAAAGUGUUGGUAUUGGUCCCUCAAAAUCAUGGAGCAAGGUUGUUCUAAAGAAGAGGAAAGGAAGAGCUAUUGAAGAAUCCGAGUCUGAUGUUGAAGUGAAUGUCCAUUACAUUCCAUUAAAGAAGAAGCUCACAACUAGCAAGCCUGCUGCUAGUAUACCUGAAGUUUCCAUUGACAAUGUAUCCUUCCACUUUGCUGCAAUUGCAAACAGGUUGAAACUUGUGUAUCAAAAGAGAUUGGCCCUUGAGAGGGAACUGGCUCAAAAUGCACGUGAUUGUAAGGACAUAAUGGACUUGAUUGAGGCUGCUGGCCUAAUUAAAACUGUUGUCUAUUUGAGUAAAUGCUAUGAAAUGCUGGUGAAAGAGUUCAUAGUAAACCUCUCUGAAGAGUGUGCUGACAAGAGAUCCAAGGAAUUCAUAAAAGUGUUUGUAAGAGGAAAAUGUGUUAACUUCUCGUCCAAUGUGAUCAACAACCUAUUGGGAAGGUCUGAUGAAGCUUAA